AUGGAUGAGGUUCAAAUCAGGCCCAGUAGCUUCAAUGAGAUUUUUCUACAUGGUUACUUAGAAAGCGAGCCGCUCACGCUACAGCUGUUCAUUGGGACUGCAGACGACCGCCUGCUGCGACCCCAUGCCUUCUACCAGGUUCAUCGAAUCACCGGGAAGACCGUUUCCACCACUAGCCACGAAACAAUACUUUCCAAUACCAAAGUCUUGGAAAUUCCACUUCUUCCAGAGAACAACAUGAGAGCAAUCAUUGACUGUGCUGGGAUAUUAAAGCUUAGAAACUCUGACAUCGAGCUGCGCAAGGGAGAGACGGACAUCGGUCGGAAGAACACGCGUGUGCGCCUGGUCUUCAGGGUUCAUAUCCCACAGGCCAAUGGCAGGACCCUCUCCUUGCAAGUAGCCUCUAACCCCAUCGAGUGCUCUCAGAGAUCUGCCCAAGAACUGCCUUUGGUGGAGAAGCAAAGUACCGACAGCUUUCCUGUUAUUGGAGGGAAAAAAAUGAUACUGACUGGCCAUAACUUUUUGCAAGACUCCAAAGUCAUCUUUGUGGAGAAAGCACCAGAUGGUCACCAUGUGUGGGAAAUGGAAGCCAAAACCGACAAAGAAAUGUGCAAGCCAAAUUCGUUGGUGGUUGAGAUACCACCUUUCCGCAAUCAGAGAAUUACCAGCCCUGUUCAGGUCAACUUCUAUGUCUGCAACGGAAAGAGAAAGAGAAGCCAGUACCAGCUUUUCACCUAUCUUCCUGCUAAUGUUCCAAUUAUAAAAACAGAACCCACAGAUGACUAUGAGCCUGCUCAAACCUGUGGACCAAUGAACCAAGGCUUAAGCCCUCUCUCUAAACCGUACUACAGCCAGCAGAUCAUGAUGCCCCCUGAUCCCGGUUCGUGCCUUGUGGCUGGCUUUGCCUCCUGUCAGCAGAGAAAUGCCGUGAUGUCACCCUCUCCCAACGCAAGCCCCAAGCUGCAUGACCUUUCGUCUUCUCCUUACAAGUGCAUCCCCAACCCGGGCCACAGUCACCUCGGACUUCAGCAGCCUGCUGGAGGUGUCCCCACCAUACAGGAAGUGCCAAGAUCUAUAGUUGUGCACCCAAGCUCCCCCGAGCAAUCAUCUCACAUCAUGCUGCAGCCGCAGGUGAGUCAACAUCUGAGCAGUAGCUGUCCCCUUGGUUAUCAACAAACACUCUAUCCCAACAGUCCCUCUUCUCCAGUUCCAUCUGUUACCCAAGAGCCAACCUAUUUGCAGUCCUGCAGUCCAACUCACUCAUCCAUAAUGGGUCAACAGCAGCAGCAACUGCCGAAGGUUCACAGAAAUGAGUCUCCAACAACCCAACCACUGUCAUUACCAGAGUUGCAUGAGGAAAGUAAUCAUAAUUUGGCCCCUAUUCCUGUAACGAUCAAGCGAGAACCUGAGGAAUUGGACCAGAUGUACCUGGAUGAUG